AUGCCGAGAGUGAAAGCCGCCCACCGCAAGCGCUCUUACGCCCCCAAGAGCAGAUCUGGAUGCAUCACAUGCAAGUGCCUGUCGGGCCCCAGUCGCAAGUGUGAUGGCUAUGCCACGGAAAACAUCCCAGAAAACGACAGCCAAGGGCUUCUUCUCGUACGGCUACCCGAGUACUCGGCCAUUUCGGGUGACGAGCUCAGAGCCUUCCAAUUCUUCAACGAGCAUACCCUUAGUCAACUCCCUGGCUUUCACAGCUGCGAAUUCUGGGACGUUAUAGUCCGACAGAUUGCACACGAGGAUGUUGCCGUCCGACAUGCUCUCGUUGCUCUUGCCGCGUUGCACGAGAACUUCGCCGCAAAAGGCGACAGCUCGAGCAAAAGCAGAACUCCCGAAACCGAACAUUUCGCCUUGAGACAAUAUAACCUAGCCAUUCAGCGGCAUCUGCAACAGAUUGCGGCAGCAACCUUGGACAACAGCAACACCAAACGACUGGAGCUGGAGCGCUACCUGGUUUCGUCCUUGAUAUUCAUCUGCAUAGAGAUCAUCCGCGGCCACUUCGCAUCAUGUAUGUCCUUGUUGAAGCGGACGUUUGGCAUUUUUGCCGAUCUCACCAAAGACGUCCCCAAAGGACAACGACCACCCGGCGGCCUUCUUGAAAUCUUCGAGAGGCAGUUGAACAGGCUUGAGGCGCAGUCUAUUGUACUCAUUGGCUACGAUGCUUGGGAUGGACAAGAAGCCCAUGCCAGGGAGUCUCAGGCCACAGUCACUGUCCGCCGACAACCAGUACUGCCAGCCAUACCCGAAGCCUUCUCCACAGCUACAGAAGCUCGCGACUGUUUCGAAUCUUACAUGCAUGCAUUCGCCCUGGCAACGGCCCGUCAAAGUGACGAUGCUGUGGUAGACGACAGCGACACAGAUACCGCCAUGUCGCAGAACAAAAGCCCGAAUGCGUACCUCAACGGCUUCGGCCGAUGGUCACAUGCUCUGGAUGCCACAAUGCAGCACGCCCAAACCAACGAUAGCAACACCUCUCCUCCCAACGAGAAAGAAAAAGAAAAGGAGCGCUGCGCAUCGCUGGUUCUGCACAUGCACCGACUCAUGGUCUCCACAUCGGUGGAUUUGCUUUCCAGGCAGCAAACCCCAACAGACACCGACGUCCAAAUGUCUUGGGAUAAAUACACCAACGUCUUCGAGGAGGUCGUCAAGAUCGGAGAGUCAAUAUUGUCUCCAACAAGCAGCCCUAGCCCUUACAGCGUCGUAGCAGAUGCUAGCCAUAGUAUUUCCCCUCCAAAGGCCAAAAUGAGACCGUACUUCACCCUCGACAUCGGCGUCGUCGCACCAUUAUACGACAUUGCUCGUCGGUGUCGGGACCCUCACGUCCGUCGACGAGCAAUCGGCCUUCUCUACGCGUACCCGAGGCAGGAAGGCAUGUACAACGGGGUCCUUGCCGCCCGAGUCGCCGAGCGAGUUGUACAAAUCGAAGAAAACGGUUUGGGACAUGUCAGCUCCGCCACCGAUAUCCCCGACUGGGCCAGGAUAAGCGACGUGCACCCGGUCUUCGACUUUGAGCGGAAGCGGGCACUGCUGUGCUACCGGCGGCGUGGUACACACGGCGCAGUCAGGAAGCCUGUACAGGAGGUCAUGGAUUGGGAUUAAAGAUCUCAAACAGUCUGCAUGGAAACCAUCUUCAUGCUGGAGCGGGAAGGAGGGAAAGCCUGCUAACAGCAAGCAGGCAAGCGGAAGCGUGCCACUGGAGAUUAGUGCACCUUUGCAAAGUACACAGGUUCCUGAGCACAAAUGAGCGUUAAUAAGAUCUUCUCGUCCCCA